AUGGCCGAUAGAAGACGUAUCAAUGGUCCACCUGGUGGCACCCGCCCUCCAGUCUAUGCCUCUCUCCAGGAAUCGACAACAGGCGCCGCCCAGCGCGCCCAGCGCCAGCGCCAACCCGCUGAACUACGGAAAAUCUUCCUCCAAACCGGCAUGAUCCCCACAGCCUCAGGCUCUUCAUAUCUCGAAUUUGAACCAUCCGCCUCCCUCGCCGCCGCCCGCGCCAACCCCAAAUCUCUGAUCCCACCAUCCUCAGCACUAAAAGUGGCCUGCACCGUCCACGGCCCCAAGCCACUUCCUCGCUCCGCCGCAUUCUCCCCAAACCUCGUCCUAACCACCCAUGUCAAGUACGCGCCCUUUGCGGCCCGCAAACGCAGAGGCCACAUCCGCGAUGCCAGCGAGCGCGAUCUCGGCGUACAUCUUGAAACCGCCCUGCGCGGCGCCAUCAUCGCCGAGCGCUGGCCCAAGAGUGGUCUUGAAAUCACCCUCACUAUCAUCGAAGCAGAAGAUGAUCGUUGGUGGGGCGAUGCUCCCGAUUCCCACGACGCAUCUUGGGGUUUGAUGAAUGUUCUGGCUGGAUGUAUCACGGCUGCUUCGGCAGCUAUUGCUGACGCGCACAUUGAUUGUCUGGAUCUUGUAUCUGGAGGUGUUGCCGCGCUGGUCUCAGACGAGUCGAACUCCGCUUCGAGUAUCCCGCGUCUCAUGCUGGAUGUUGAUCCCGCGGAGCAUCGGUCUAUCUUGUCUGCUUGUGUGGUGGCUUAUAUGCCGGCGCGUGAUGAGAUUACGGAGAUUUGGCUCAAGGGUGAUAGUUCGAGGGCGGCUCUUGAGAAGGGUGAUGAUCGGUCUAGUCAUGAGGCUUUGAUUGAUGGUGCUGUUGAUGCGGCGAGGGGUGCUAAUACGGUUUUGUCGGAGGCUGUCAGAGAGUCUAUUACGAGGUCUAUAGCGCAAGCUUAA